AUGGUUGGGCAAAAGUUUGGAUUUUCAGAAAAAUCACUUCCAACGGUAAUUUUCAAGUGGUGAAAAAUCUCGUUUAGAAUUAAUUCUGAAUCAAGAUCUGGAGAAAUUAAAGAAUCCCAGGACGAUUUUUUGGAUGAUUCAUCUCUUCCUAUUCAGAUUGCUAUAGUGUUUGGUGCCAAAGUUCUGGAACAUGUCCUCAAUCUGUGCCGAGGUAACUAUGACUUCCUGGAAUGGCUUCCUGUCCCAUUGCUCCUGUACAUCAUUUCCUUUCUGGAGCUUGAAGAUAUUGCCAGGCUUUCUCAAGUUUCACGCAGGUUUGAAAUGGUAUGUAACAGUAAUGCGCUAUGGGAAAACGUGGAGAACUUGUGUGACACAAUUACACCUGAAAUGAAAGAACUUGCACAGGAAAUGGGCUGGAAACAACUCUUCUUCACAAACAUACUUCAGCUGCAGCUCCGAAGGAGGAGGCAGAAACAAGAUGCUCAGAACAAAAAACUAACUGAAUAA